GGGACCCCGCAUGCGAACACAUCUACGCCGCCCCCAUAAUGUUCACACCGAAAAAAGAUGGCGGAUUCCGUAUGUGCAUCGACUACCGCGCACUCAACCGCAUCACUAUCAAGUCCCGUUACCCGAUCACGCGAGCCGACGACCUACUCGACCAACUUCGCGGAGCCCAGUUCUUCUCGAAAAUCGAUCUGCGAUGAGGUUACCACCAAAUUCGCGUCGCCGCGAGGAUUGCCACAAGACCGCCUUCCGAACCCGCUACGGUAGUUACGAGUACCUGGUGAUGCCUUUUGGACUCACGAACGCGCCCUCGACCUUCCAGAUGACCAUGAACGGUGCUUUUCGCGAACUCCUGGAUAAAUGCGUAAUUAUCUACCUCGACGACAUCCUAAUCUACAGCCGUAGCAGGGAGCAGCACUUAAAGGAUCUUGAUGCAGUCUUCACGCUGCUGCACAAGAAUCGCCUCAUCACGAAAGGGUCUAAGUGCGACUUUCUUAAGCAGGAGUUGGAGUUUUUGGGGCCACGUCGUCUCCACCGAAGGCGUGAAAAUCGACCCCAGGAAAAUCAAGACCAUACAGGAAUGGAAGCCGCCGACCAACCUCAAGGAACUCCAAAGUUUUCUGGGUUUUGUCAACUACCUGCAUUCGAUCAACUCAAAAUCGCCCUCACAUCGCCGCCCGUCCUUCGCAUCUCCGAUCCCAACCGUCCAUACGAAGUCGUCACCGACGCCAGCGACAUCGCCAUCGGUGCAGUUCUCCUACCGGAUUUCGACGACGGGUUACAACCAGUCGCAUACGAAUCACGGAAGCUGCAAGGCGCGGAGAAGAACUAUACAGUGCACGACAAGGAAAUGCUGGCAAUCGUCCACGCGUUCAAAACCUGGCGGUGCUACCUGACCGGAGCUGACGUCACGGUGCGGAUGGACCACAAAUCCUUACAGUACCUGCGCGCCCAACCGAACCUCAACCCACGACAGAUCCGAUGGCUAGAUUUCCUCGAGUCAAAUUUCCAUUACACCAUCACCUACAAAUGGGGGGCCAAUAAUAUCGUCGAUGCCUUGACCCGCCCUACUGUCCAUACCGCCGCGAUACUACAUACCACCGCUACUGGCCCGUACUUUCAUAAACGCGGUACCUCUCGCAUCUGGGUACCCGGCUACGAUUUACUCCGCACCCUGCUCAUCCAGGAAUCCCAUGACAACCCUACCUCAGGACAUUUCGGCGUCGAUAAAACCACGAAGAUGCUGCAGCGGAAUUAUUACUGGCCGAACAUGGCAGAUGACGUGCGCAAGUACGUGUCCUCCUGCACCGCCUGCCAGAUUAUGAAAUCGUCGCAUCAGCGAGCAGCCGGACUACUACAGCCGUUGGAUCCGCCCGAGCGACCCUGGCAACACGAUACGAUGGACUACGUGACAGGACUGCCGACCGGUCCCAGCGGAAACGACGCCAUCCUCGUGGUCACAAUCACCGCCGAACAAACUGCGCAGCUGUUCAUCGCGAACAUCAUCCGCCUGCACGGACUGCCCUCCGCCAUCAUUUCGGACCAAGACCCAAAAUUCACAUCGAAUUUUUGGCGCCACCUGUGGGACCAAUUCGGCACCAAACUCCAAUUUUCAUCCGCCUACCACCCACAAACCGACGGGCAGACCGAACGCGUUAACCAAACCAUGGAGCAGCUCAUUCGCACCACCUGUACUGACCCCUCGACAUGGGAGAAAUCUCUACCGCUACUAGAAUUCGCGUAUAAUAACGCGACCUUAGCGACAACCAAUCAAUCACCAUUCUUCCUCAACUACGGACAGGACCCGGUCGUACCCUCUACACCGAACAUUGACUGAACCGUCGGAUGGUUGAUUUCC